GUAGUUGUCAUGAGAAGAGCGCUGAGGGAAACUAAUUCCGGGGUUGCCAUUGCGUGUUGAAGUGGCCAUCUGACUGUACUUUUGCUGGUAUUAGCGUCUCCUUGGUGUGUCCUGUGCUGGGAAUUGCUCCUCACUCCAGAAAUGGGGGUGCUAAAGGACGGCUUCUCAGGUCAGAAGUGUAGACGGACAGAGUUUCCUGAGCAGGACCGUGGUCGAUGACAGUAUUGUGCGCAGUUUGAUCGAUUCAAAGGAGGUCGUUGGGCGAAAGCCCACGUAAAUGGUCGGAGCUACGGUGCAUUCAUGUACCAUGAAGCCGCUUGCUGUCCAGGAGCCUCUCCAGAUCUCCAGUACUUUGGCGAAUAUCACGAAUGUGAAGUUUCAGGCGGCAAGCUGCGGAUCGCAGUGGACUGGGGUCAUGCGGUCGGCCAUGAUUGACAGAAUUGAAAUCCUUUCAAGGACUUGUCAAUCAGCUCGUGCAAUUUCGUUACCUGGUGUGAGCAGAUGGGAGGAGGGUGGGCUGCGAUCACCCCCUUCGCCCAAAGCCAAGACUUUGGCUUACUGGCCGACACUUCGACGGAAUUUUUCUUCGACGUUGCGGGUUUCUUUACUGCCAGUGCAAGCGGCCAGCAGUGUUCAGAUUGCAAGCACAAUAUUCACGCUUGGCACGGCGUUUGUUGUGCCCUUUUACACUGCCAUGAUUAUAGCUCCGCAGCGGCAAUGGACCAAGAAGCUUAUGGAAAGUGAAUUACCCUUUUUGGCGAUGGGCGCGAUGUACCUCUACCUGAUGACUCUGUCAUGGACUCCCGAAACUGCGGGUCUCAUGUUUGCAAGCAAGUACUAUCUCCCCGAGCUGCCAGGCAUUACGCGCAUGUUUUCAAGCUCCAUUACUGUGGCCUCAGCUUGGAUCCACUUGCUUCUAGCUGACCUUGCCUGUGCUCGGUACGUAUAUCUGGAUGGUCUAAAGCUCAAAGUGGAGACGCGCCACUCGCUUGUAUUCUGCCUGAUGAUGUGUCCUGUCGGGAUCAUUUCUCAUGUGAUCACCAAGGAGGUCGCCAGAAGAAUCCGAGAUUGAAAAUCUCUCCGGUAGCUUUGAGAAGAAAUUGAAUUAUUUAUCAGAAAAAGAACUCUUGUUCGACCUAAAUUAUCGGUCAUAUAAUCGGUAUGUAUAGGUAUGAAGCAUUGAGGUUAUCAACGCUUGUAUAGUUUUGCAGGAAAGUUCCUAUGGUUUAGAAGUAGAACAUGAUAGCUUAAUGUUUGUAUGGAAGUGAAGGUGAAAGGUUAUGGUACAACUCUACAAUUUACAGGCGGUGGCCGUUGGUACUUGUGAAACGUGUUAAGAACAGGCGCCUGAGGUAUCACAGAGUUUUAACUUUUCAGCUCUAUGAGAGAAAUCCACCCCUUUUCUACACUUCCAUGCCAGUGGCUAGCAAAUGCACAAGAUCUGUGCGACAGUUUCCAGGGAAGAAGCCACUGAUCUUUGUUUUCGUUCUCGGUAGUCUCACUCUGUCUAACUAGACAUCGAAAGGACCCAGAUUGAGCAAAUGUUUUUAACUUCAUUUUAUUCCUCCAGAUUAUCCGGUCCUUCACUCGGCACAAUGUCGGUGGCAGCCCAGCUGACAAGGGAACUACAUUGGCAAACAGCACCAGUAAUUGAGUUUGAUUCUUUAUUGAAAUGCAAUCUAACUGGAAUUACAAAGUGAUUCCCAUGCCACUCCGUACAAUUUCAUCAUCAUAAAUGGCUUGGGCACCUUCUUCAAAUUCAAAUGUAGAUUUUGAAAUUGUACAUUAUUAGUAUUUUUGUUUUUGUUUUCUCCAGUGGGACCAGGGAAUUUCACGUGAUAUUUGAAGGUUGUGUUCAGCCUGUUCCAAGUGUAGGAUAGUAGGAAAUUGAAUCUGGUAGGUUUAAAUUUAAACUACCGAUUUACAGCAGUUCGAUGAAAGUAUUUUGUACUUCGUAUGUAAAAAGAACAUUUUCAAACACGAAGACAUUUACUGCGUAA